GACUACCUGGACUGGUUGUUGGCACAAAAGCAGAACUACGUCGAAUGGAUUCUUUUGGCUGAUGCAAGAGGAGAACGAGCAAAGCCAUCAGAGCCCUUCGAGCUGAGCUCAGAGCGCUUUGAGCGAUUGCAGAUCUUGGUCUCUGCAGCCCAUGCCAAAGGCCUAGAG